AUGAGCGCACCCAGUAAGCGAGCCAACUCGGCGGGGGGCGCCCCCUCGCAGCCGGUCGGGAAGGACAACUCGGAAGUGAAGAGCAGCGCGGAAGUGAAGAACAGCACAGAGGCGAAAGACGGGAGCAAACCGCUAAACAAGGCAGACGCUAAAGACGGGAGCGCAGCGCUUCACAAAGCGCACCGCCAAAGCAGCAACACGUUCGCAAACAUAACCCUGUGCCUGAUGGGCAUGUCCUCCGUUCUGCUCUACAACUGCGUGUUGAACACCACCCCCCACAUCCACGAGCUGCUAAACAGAAACAUCGAAGUGUCCUUCACCUUCUUCUUAUACUUCUCCGUCCUAGUGUUCAUCUCGCUCAUCAGUUCUUUAUUUAUCGAAGUGAAGACGAGGACCUACGAUAUUUGCUUUGUCAUGUCGUUUAUCCUUCAGCUUGUUUACCCCCUAGUGGUCAAGUACUACUAUGACCGGACCUUUUUAUUUUAUUUGCUCAUCGGAUUGAUUGGUGCGACGUGCUCCUUGAUGAAGACGAUGAUUUUUGCAAUUGCCACCAUCGCGUUGAAUAGCUCCAAGGUGAUUUGUCUGUCGUACGGUUUGACUGGAAUUUACUCCCUUUUCAUUACCACCACUUUUUUUUAUUUUUUAAUAAAAAUUGACAAAGAUGUGCGUAAGCUUAUGCAGUCCACUUUUGCCACCUGCGUAAUUAAUUGCAGCUUCAUCUUCGUCUCCUUCGUUUGCUACUCCGUGUUGAAAGGGACUGAUGAGUUUAAGCGCAAGUUCAAAAUGUACCAGGAGGAAAGGGAGGGGAAACGCGCACGGAGUGGAAGCGGUGCGCUGUUCGACACGGUUGGGGGAACGACCGGGGGGGCCUCUUUCGUGAUAGCGGUCGAGGGUUCCACUCGAGAAGGUGGCUACGGUGGGAAGGAAGGCGACAAGGAGAAGCAGCCCCGGAAGGGAGAUACGGAUAAUGCGGAUGCGAAGGGUGGGAGAGACCCCAUGGAGGUUGCCCCAAAGAGCCGCUUCCCCCCAGGCGCCUCCUCAUUCAACGUGAAGACAAACGAAAUGAUGAAGCAGGCCAGGAUCAAGGCAUUCCUCUACAAGAAGUCCUUCAUUUUCCUAUUUUGCACAUUUUACAACAUUUUUCUGAAGAUUGCAGUUUUCCCCGUUGUCUGCCCCGAAAUGUGGACGAGAAAUGUUGAUGAGCGGUACAUCCUGAUUGGCAUGGUGCAGCUGGCUGACUGCGUCAGUAGGAUAUUCCCAACAUUUGCAGAGGCGGUGCCCGUAUUUAAAAUGUUUCUUCUGCCACAAAGGAAGGUACUCAUAUACUCCCUCGCGAGGACGUUUCUAUCCGUCCUCUGUUUGAUAAUCCCCCUGACAGAUACGGCCCUGUUGCAAAAUUUUGUUUUUAAGUGCGUCUUAAUUUUUUCUAAUAUUUACCUUAAUGGCUGGUUUGUCGUUUUGUCCUUCAUCAACAUUUCGGAUGUGUUGAAGCCGCUCAACUCGAUGAGCAACGUGGCCAUGGUCAGCAGCUUCGGCUCCACGCUGCUCCGGGUGGGCUUGCUCACGGGCUACGGCGCCUCGACCCUCUACAAGCGCUACGUCGCGGGGGGGUGAAGUGGAGAAGCGGUGAAGCGGUGAAGUGGUGAAGCGGCAAAGCGGUAAAGCGGCGAAGUGACGAAGUGACGAAGCGCCGGUUUAACAGCACGUUUGGGGAAGCCCAUCGGGACUGCUAACCCCCAGUCACUUUAUUUCCCCCCCCUGUUCGAGUGUGUGCGCACGUUUACAGGUUGUAUGCGCAGACGAAUCGAGGCAGAACUCACCGUGGCUCUUUUUUUUUUCUUUUUUUUGCACCCCGCCUAAUUUGAAUAACCCCUUGUAUUAUGAACCCCCCAGUUGGGGACCUCCUCCUAAAGUAAAUCCUGUGUUAACAGGUGCCGCUGCGACGCUGCGACACUGCGAAAAGGCGCCCGUGCGCUCCUCCCCCCAUGGAAGGUUAUAAUUGGUGAAGUGUGGCAUAACAGCGGAGUCUGCCACCUGCAUGCGUUUUUUAAUUUUUUUUUUAAAUGGAACCUAAAUAAUGAAGCAUAAACGAGUUAAACCUGCUUCUUCACCCCGUGGCGUGACUUGGUUAAUUUUUUUUUCCUCCUCUUUUAAUGUUCAACCCUUCUUAGCGCUUCUCAACCCUUUUAAAUAAAUUUGACCG